UCGCGCCGCCUCGUCCUGUGGGAAGAAAGCCCAGCCAGCUCGAGACGGACGAGCGGAACGGCAAUAUGGCGGAGUGAGCGGGUUGCGCUUCUGAAGAAGAGUGGCGAUUCGACGGAGAUUUCCCCAGAAUACGGACGGGAAGGGGGCAUCCACUCUAACGUGUGGAUACCAGUCCCAAGAGAUUGACGUCCAGCGAAGAAGAAAGACAUAAGAAAGAAAAUUUAAAGUAACCUCGCCCACCCGAACGCUGAGGCGGCUUAGGGAGGGAAGCUUCGUCAGACUGCCUUGGUGUUCUUUGGCCGGACGAGGUUCCGAAGGGACGGCAGCAGCUUUUCUUAUUUCUGCUUAAAAGCAAUCACCAGCGAAACGCCUUCCCUUUCUACCCAUGACAAGGGCUUCAUCUCGCUGAGUAUUUAGCUAAUUGGAGUGAGCGCCCGCCCGUCUCCAUCAGGACCUUAUGCUUUGUUAACGACGAGCGGACGGGAUCGUGUUAGAUAGACCCAUCAGAUUUUUUUUUUUUUAACCACGAACAACCCCAGAUCGAGUUUUUACUCGCGUCUCCGACAACAUGGCGAGCAGUAGCGGCUCCAAAGCCGAGUUCAUAGUCGGCGGAAAAUACAAGCUCGUUCGGAAGAUCGGAUCAGGAUCCUUCGGCGACAUUUACCUGGCAAUCAACAUCACGAACGGAGAGGAGGUGGCCGUGAAGUUGGAGUCCCAGAAGGCCAGACACCCACAGCUGUUAUACGAGAGCAAGCUGUAUAAAAUCCUGCAGGGCGGUGUGGGCAUCCCGCACAUACGGUGGUAUGGCCAGGAGAAGGACUAUAAUGUCCUAGUCAUGGAUCUUCUGGGGCCUAGCCUGGAGGACCUCUUUAACUUCUGUUCGCGCAGGUUCACCAUGAAAACCGUCCUCAUGCUCGCUGACCAGAUGAUCAGCAGAAUCGAGUAUGUUCACACAAAGAACUUCAUCCACAGAGACAUCAAGCCAGACAAUUUCCUAAUGGGUAUUGGCCGUCACUGUAAUAAGUGUUUAGAAUCUCCAGUGGGGAAGAGGAAAAGAAGCUUGGCUGUUAGUUCUUCUCAGGAUCCAUCUUUCUCAGGAUUAAACCAGUUGUUCCUCAUCGACUUCGGUCUGGCCAAAAAAUACCGAGACAACAGGACACGGCAGCACAUACCUUACAGAGAAGACAAAAACCUGACCGGCACGGCCCGCUACGCCAGCAUCAAUGCUCAUCUGGGCAUCGAGCAGAGUCGCCGUGAUGACAUGGAGUCGCUAGGAUAUGUUCUGAUGUACUUCAACAGAACCAGCCUGCCCUGGCAAGGACUAAAGGCUGCCACAAAAAAACAGAAAUAUGAGAAGAUCAGUGAGAAGAAGAUGUCAACCCCGGUAGAGGUCUUGUGUAAGGGUUUCCCAGCUGAGUUCGCCAUGUACCUGAACUACUGCCGUGGGCUGCGGUUCGAGGAGGCUCCCGACUACAUGUACCUGCGACAGCUGUUCCGCAUUCUCUUCAGGACUUUGAACCACCAGUACGACUACACCUUCGACUGGACCAUGCUGAAGCAGAAAGCAGCCCAGCAAGCAGCAUCCUCGGGGGGGCAGGGGCAGCAGGCACAAACGCCCACAGGCAAGCAAACUGACAAACCCAAGAGUAACAUGAAAGGUUUCUAAGCAUUAAGACAAUGAAGUUGAAUGGGAAGGGUCAAAGAAGGACCUGCGUUCCGAUCACAUCCCGGAUCUCGGAUCAGUUCACCAGAACCCGCCAGGCCAUGUGGGCAGCCAUUUCCCUUCCCCCUUCCUGUUAAAGAACUUCUGUUCUGUAUACUAUAUAUGUAAUCGCUAUAUAUAGAUAACAUGCACAGCAUCUAUCUAUAUAUUGGUUUGUAUAUACUAUAUACACAUAGAAAGCGGCUUAGUUAUGAAGCUUGGAAGCUGUUGCCUUUUCUAUCGUCCUGUUCCUGGAGACCCUCUUAUCCUUUCCAAACUGAAGUGUCUAAAAUGGUUUGCUCACAGAGGAUGUAACUGUGCACAUGCCAAUGUUACCCUGAGCCGUCUCCUUCAGAAAAAAGGCUGCUUGGGUCCCACCCCACACCCCCCAAUCCCGACUGGGCCUGCUCCGAAGGUGGGCGCUUCUCGCCGCCGGACGCACACGCUUCCGGCACGUUCUCUCUGCCCCGUCCGGCCCUCUUCCACCUUCUCGAGAAUGCGCGACGAAAAGAUGUAAAACUCGGACUUUUGUCUUCGUCAUGAAUGAAUGAAUGAAUUGGUGUAUCCUGGAUAUCACUAAGCAAACAUUGGGUUUCUUGGUUCAUAAAGUCAUCGAGACUCUGCCUGCUGACGUGCUAGAGGAGCUUCGUAUGUGAAGAUUAAAAAAAAAAAAAAAUUCUAGUGACUACUAGGUUUCCAUUUAGAGCGCUGCAUUUACUCUUGUUCUUGGUAUACUGAAGGCUAAAGCGUAUAAACACCACAGAGCGUGUUCAUUACAGAUUAGGCAUCACUUGACUAAAACCUCUAUGUAAAUUGCUUGGAUAUAAAUGUAUGUCACUGCAAUCUCAGUUUGUACUCCCCCUUUGGAAACGUCAGCGUGAAAUUGGGGAAAAACUCACCUGUUAGUUUGGCUGCGAUGGCCAUCUUCAUUUGGCACGUAAGCAGACUGCCCUUUUACUUUUAUUUUUUUUUUUUUGUAUACAUGCACAAAUACAUUUUUAUUAGUAAGGACUUUUUUUUCUGCUCUCGUCUUUUCCCUCUUAAAUCGAUCGUUUUUGGCAAAGGGGCUUUCGUUCCCUCCUGUAGGAAGCCGAGAUUAUAACCCUUAAACUGAGGCUUCCUAUCUUUGGCUGAGAAUAUCGCUGCUGUUUAGAGUGGCGACUCCCCCCCCCCCCCCCCCUUACAUUUUUUUUUAUGAUUAUUAAGGUUUGGAGGGUUCUUUUCUAUAUGCUUUUAAGUCUUGUAAAGAAGAAGCAAGAUUAUUUUGAAUUAAUUUUUCAGCCUUUGGCCACAGGAGACGCACACCAGUAACUUGUUAGAUGACUCCAUUGAUCCCUCCUCUACCUUCUGACCCAGCUUAAAAUAUUUUACUGCUGGACAUCCUAUAAAAGUGUAAUUUAUUCCCUUUUAGCAUGUCAGAAUAAAUUAAAAAUGACUUGUCAGAACCACUGUCCCGGUCUCUAAUUUUGAUAAAGGAAAAAAAAUCUGCCAACCUGGCCUGUAUGUGUAAGCGGCCAUUUUUUGUUGCCAACUUUGUUUGCAUCUGUGGUGGCUGGUUAAACAUUACAGCUGUUUGAUUGCCAGCCCAAGCAGUUAAUACGACGCCGUUUAUCCCGUCAACACGGGAGCUUUAUGACUGGUAGGCCAGUUAAACGUGAACGAGCGGCCUCCCAUUGGUUGGGUUCCGUCAAGGCGAAAGGGACAGUCUGUGACAAUGAUACAGAGCUCUUGCUGUUCUCAAAGCAGUUCCUGUGAAAUUUUGUUGUGGGGGUUAGUUGUAGGUGCUUGUGGUGGUGUUUAUAAAAAAAACUCAAAAUUUAUAUCUGUAAAUAUUAAAAUGGCUUCAAAUUGCA